AUGAACUUUCCAACCAUUUUAAGGACAGCAUCUUUCCAGUUACGUCAUUAUGUAACUAUACCUGUUAAAUCCACACGCACUCAGGGAAGACGUCGUAAUUUACUCAUCGCAGGAAGCACGCUACUCACAGGAGUUAUCCUUUACGAAACUAAUGAAAAAUGUCACGAUAGCCUUCAUCAUUCAUUCCUAACACUAAAAAGAGUGGGUGUUGUGGGGAAUGCAACGGUAAGAUGUUUCUAUCACUAUAAGCGAGCACUAAAUAGAAAAUAUGAAGACAGGGAAUCUCGAUUGCGAGCUCUUGACGUGUGUCACAAGAAAUGUGCCCUAAUUACGUUACAUGCAUUGCAAUCCAAUGGUGGGAUAUACAUUAAAUUAGGUCAGCACAUAGGUGCAAUGACCUAUCUGCUACCGAAAGAAUGGACGGAGACCAUGAUUCCUUUACAGGAUCAAUGUCCGGAAUCUACCUUAGAAGAAAUUGAUGGGAUGUUUAUGACGGAUUUGGGGCAAUCCGUGGCAGACCUAUUUGAUGAGUUUCAUUCUGUCCCCAUCGGCGUAGCGUCGUUAGCUCAAGUGCAUGUCGGUAGGUUAAAAUCUGUGGAUGGAUUGGUUGCUGUUAAAUGCCAACAUCCGACCUUGAAAGAAUUCGUGCCAUUAGAUGUUGCCCUAACAAAAACUGUUUUUAAAUUAUUAGAUUUGGUGUUCCCAGAAUACCCUUUAACCUGGCUGGGUGAUGAGUUGCAAUCAUCAAUCUAUGUGGAACUAGAUUUUACCAAGGAAGCAGAGAAUGCCAUUGCCACAUCUAAAUAUUUUGAAAAAUUUAAGAAACAAACAGCCUUAAAAGUCCCUAAUGUUAUUAGUGCCAAUAAGAGGAUACUAAUAAUGGAAUAUGUGGAGGGGAAGCGGUUAGAUGAUUUAAAAUUUUUGGAUGAUAAUGGUAUUUCUAGAGGAGAAGUUUCUGCAUGUUUAUCGCAUAUCUUCAAUAAUAUGAUUUUUACACCUAAUGUUGGUUUGCAUUGUGAUCCUCAUGGGGGGAAUUUAGCAAUACGAACAGUGAAAAAGAGUUCUUCCAAUAAUAAUCAUAAUUUUGAAAUUAUAUUGUUUGAUCAUGGUUUGUAUAGAUAUCCUGACACUCAGUUAAGGAGAGAUUAUGCUAGAUUUUGGUUGGCAUUGUUAGAUCAGGAUCAGAAAAGGAUGAAGGUGUAUGCUAAGAGGUUUGCACAUAUUGGAGAUGAGGAAUUUCCAUUAUUUGCAGCUGCGAUAACGGGACGAAGUAUAGAUACUGCAUUGCAUUAUGAUAUAUCAAAAAAGAGGAGCAAAGAGGAGAUGGAUGUCAUGGCGGAAGGUAUUAUGGAGGGUACCUUUCUUUCUGAUUUAAUGGCUAUAUUGUCUAAGAUUCCCAGCACAGUUUUAUUAAUUUUAAAGACGAAUGAUUUAACUAGAUAUUUGGAUGAAUGCCUACAGAAUCCAUUGGGUCCCGAGAGAACAUUUCUAAUAAUGUCCCAAUAUUGUGCAAGAACAGCAUAUGAUGAAGAUCGAGAGAAUAUUUCUUUGGAUUAUAAUAAAUGGAGUUUGACAUGGUUUUGGAAAAAUUUGACAUCAUGGAUUCAAUUUGAAAAAAGGAAGAACCAAUUAGUUUUGUAUGAUUUUAUUCUAUGGUGGAGACAAAUAAUAAGAACUAUAUAG